AUGAGCUUAUUUUCAUCAGUGUUCCUCCCAGCCGCUUUGGCAUUCAUCCUCCUCCCAUUCAUCUACCUCAUUGGAAGUUGGGCCUUCGCAGCCAGACGUCCCAAAAACUAUCCCCCAGGGCCACCCGCGAUCCUAGGCCUGGGCAACAUCCUCCAGGUCCCACCCGAGAAGUCCUUCCUCAAGUUCACAGAAUGGAAGCAAACCUACGGCGACAUGGUCGGCCUCAAGAUGGGCGGUCAGAACCUAGUCGUCCUCCAGACCGCCGAGCUCGUCCGCGAGCUCAUCGAGAAGCGCGGCGCAAUCUACUCGGACCGGGCCACGCCCUACAUCCCCUCCCAGAUCAUCAACCCGGGCACCGUCAUCUUCCAGCCCAACGACCACACGAUCAAGAAGACGCGCACGGCGAUGCAGUACAUGUUCCGCCCUGUGGAGCUGAAGCGCGUCUUCGCGGUGCAGACGGCGCAGUCCGCGAUCCUGAUGCGCAAGAUCCUGGAUGAUCCGAAAGAGUUCCGGACGCAUAUGAAGUAUUGGGCGCUCGCGACGCCGCUGUCGAUCCUGUGCGGGCGGAAGAUCCAGGAGGAGGGCCCGAGUUCGACGGAGGAGUACUUUGCCACGCAGGCGAGGUGGCUGCGGUUUCUGAAGCCCGCGCAGGCGCCGCCGGUUGAUUUGUUUCCGUUCAUGAAGCACUUGCCUGACUUUCUUGCGAAGUGGCGGAAGGAGGCGCUGGUGUUGAGGAAGGAUAUGUGGAAGAUGAUUUACUACAUGCUCGAUGGCGCGAAGCUUCAACAUGGUACUAUUGCCAAGGGGCUGCGGAGUCAUGAUAAUGAGUCUGUCAUGUCGAGGAUUAUCAUGGAAGCUGAAACGAAUGAGGAUAUGCGGAUGGGUGACCAUGAGCUUGCGGUUUUCGGGGGUGGUACGUUGGAUGCGGCGGUUGACACGGUCAUCGCCUCCACUUCCAGCGUCGUCAUGGUCUUUGCCGCGUUCCCUGAGGUUCAGAAGCGGGUUCAGGCCGAGGUCGACUCCAUCUGGGGAGAUUCUCCUCCCACAGAAGAGAGGCUUCCAGAAGCCAAGUUCUUGAGAGCAGUCAUGAUGGAGGCCAUGCGCUGGCGCGGUGCCGCACCUCAAGCUGUCCCGCGAGUCUUGGCUCGCGACGACACCUGCCGCGGGUAUAAUUUCACCAAGGGCACCGUCUUCAUCAUGAACGUCUGGGCCAUCCACCGGGAUGAGAAAUGGUACGAGAACCCAGAGGAGUUCAACCCGGACCGGUACAUGGACAAUCAGUGGGGCGUCAGGCCCGAGAUGAAGACCGCAGCCGAGAAGGAGAACCGUCGGCCCACGUACAACUUUGGGGCGGGCCGCCGGAUGUGUCCAGGCCUUGACUACGCCGAGAACCAGGUGUUGAUUGUCUUGGCCAAGCUGGCCUGGGACUUCAAUGUCGUCGCGAAGAAGCCGCUGGAUCUUGACAUCAACACUGGCUUCCAUUCUAACCUGGUCCUAGAGCCUAACUCGUUUGAUGUGGACUUUUUUGCCAGAGGGGACUUCAAGAAGAGCAAGAUUGUGGAGGAUGGAGAGAGAGCGAAGGAGGUUGUGUCUGCUUGGGUGGAGUGA